GAACGCGUCCACCGUGCGGAACUUAGGACCAAAAAGUAUCGAAAAAAAGAUUUUAUUUUGGAAAAGAAAAGGUUUAUUUUAGUAGUGAAUAUGUGUCGUGUUUAUUGUGCUGCUUUUUAAAUGGAUUUUAAGAUGGAGAACUUAUCGAAAUCGCAUAUCUGGCUCGCAGCUGCAGCCAUCCUGGCGACGUGCGGGGUGUGUGCUGGCGCUGGUGUCGGCAAUAGAAAGCCGUUCACCCCAACCGAUUCGAUCCUGGAUAUUAUUGAUACUGAACAAGUGCAGCGAUUCCUCGCGGAAAGACAGCGAGCGGAACAGGCCACUGCAUCGUCAUCUACGUCUUUUGUGCAAAGAAACGAACUCGGUGAUGGCAGUUCUGAGACGGGUAUGGUGGUGUCUCUGCCUGAGCAGGAAGAUACUACGGAAUUGCCCCCGGGAGUCGAAUUCAGAAAAAUACUAAAAUCAUCAAAGAAUGCUUUAGUCGUUACUAAGAAAGAUUAUCUCAAGGAAGAUUGGUGUAAAACCGAGCCUCUGGUUCAGAAAAUCCGAGAACCGGGUUGUCUGCCCACAACAGUGAUAAACAAAUUCUGCUACGGACAGUGCAACUCGUUUUACAUACCGAAGGGCCCGCGGCGACGCGACAACAACGCUGACCGGCCACAGCCAGCCUUCAAAUCUUGUUCGUUUUGUAGGCCUAAGAAGUUUACUUGGGUGACAGUGACUCUGCGUUGUCCCGGUCAGAACCCGCCAUUUAGACGCAAGCGGUUACAGAAGGUCAAACAGUGCAAGUGUUUACCAGUCGGAGUGAAUUGACGUUAGUAGUGAGACGGACCUGCAGUAACAGAGGCGGCACGACCGCCAGCUUGCGACGCACUAGUGCGCACGGGACGCCUGGCUGUCCAGGGCGACGCCAGACGCCGGGAGCACCGACAGGCUCGGAUGCUCCACAUCGUACAUCGUUACCGUUGAUUGUUUCGAUCACGUUCCAGUGUAUAGACUGUGUAUGAACUGGUCAAAUAAAUUGAGAUGCCGUGCUCUCAUACGUCAAUGCGGAUGACGUAAUGUGAUGCAUAGAUUAGAUGCCUAUUUAGAGUUACAUUGUAAUAGAGCGGCUUCGACUGCAAGUCGUCGAGCAAAAGCUUUAAUUGUUCGUAGCGAAACUAAUUAGCUAGUGAGUUAGAAUAGCGGUGGCCUUCCAAUCGAUUAAGGAUUUGUUUUGGUACAAAACUUGUGAAUUAUUUCCGUUUAUUGAAAAGUGAUUAUUCUGUGUCUAAGUUGUGUUAUUUAUGUCAGCAGAAUAAUGUGUGAUACUAGUUUAUAGUUUGACAGUUAAUUGUGUUUCUUUGCGCGUUUCGGUGAGUCACGAAAUUGUAACGAGAUUUAAGAGUAGCGACUUAAUCCGCGUUACAUUGUCGUGUGUUAUUUAUUUAUUGUGUAACGUUAUAAUGUAUUGUAGCUAAAACAGAAUACGCUUAUAAGUUGAUAAUUUACUGUUGAUCGUAGUUUCAUCUUGUUAUCUCGCAAUAAAUAUGAGUAGGUAGUGGUAUACGGUAUGUAUUUAAAUAUAUUUCAAUGCAGUAUAAAGUAACGUUAGGUUUUAUGAUAAUUCGAAACAAAAUUAUGAUCUCUGUUUGCUCUCAAGAAGUUAUGCAUUUGUUUGUAUGUAUAUCUGUUAACAUAAUAUAUACAUUUAUAUGAUCUGGGACUGUGUAUUUGUGUACCCACGUAAUGCAGGAUAUUAUGAUUAUGUACUUACUAUCUUAGAUGUUGUAAUAUUACGUAGAGGUUAUUAAGCCGAGUAUUUAUAACUAAACAUGUCACGUACUUUAGAAAUCUAGUGUUGUUGAAGUUGCAAAAAUCAACUUUAAUGUUGCGAGCAGUAUUUCUGGUACAAGUAUUUUGAUAACUAGUAACGGUAUUGUAUUUUCGAACAAAAAUAUUCUAUAUAACUUACUUAUGUAUAUAAAAACCGUCAAUAUACAUCUACAAAUUUUGUUAAUGUAUGUAGGUAUACAGUAAAGAUAUAAAUACGUUACUAUACAUCAAACUAUUUGUCCUAAAUUAGUUUUCCAGUAGCAAUUGUAUACUUAAAAUCAAUUAGAAUUUUAGAACUUGGUUGUAGAAAAUCUUGCCAUAACAUUUGUUUGUUCGAUACGUUUUAUUAAAAAAACAUAUUUGAGCAUUAAUUCAAUACGUGAAUCUUAUAACGAAUUGAUUAUCUUAUUGGCUGUAUAUUCUAUAAAUAGUAAGAGACAAAAUGUGUUAAUUGGUAUUUUAUAAAACAGUGCCACUACGGUACAUCAAUUAGUCACAAUGCCGUGUCAUUAAAAAAUUGAUAUAGCCAUGAGAAAUAUAUAUCUUUCAUUUAUUUUUAUUACGACAAAUUCCAUUUUUAUAGCUGUCUCUAUGCUAUGUGUAAAAGGUUUUUCUUCAUAUUGUGAACAUGUAAUUUGUUUUUGAAACUAUUGAAAAUAUAUUAAAUAAUAAUACUAUUAUAUUAAAGUCGUAUAAUACGU